AUGAAUGGUGACAAUCUUCCUUCUCCUGCUGAUGCUGUGGCCCUUUAUAAGAAGAAUAACAUCAAAAAGAUGAGACUCUUCGAGCCACGUGCUGAAGUCCUAAGUGCUCUACAGUUGAGUGACAUCUUUGUUUCUUUAGGUGUAAGAAAUGAAGAUAUACCCAACCUCGCAACAAGCCCAGAUGCAGCUUGGCACGUCGCACCAGCCAUGAAAAAUCUACGAGAUGCACUUGAUUCGAUUGGAUAUGUUGGUGUAAAAGUAACAACUGUUGUGGCAAACAUGUUUUCUUCAAUUUCUGUAGUGGUCACAGAUGGACAAUGUGCAUAUUAUAACCUUUUUGAUGCCAUGGUGGAUGCAGUUUAUGUGGCCAUGGAGAAG